GGUUUCUGUGUGACUGUGGAGCCGAGAGAGCUGCAUUGAGAGAGAGAGCGAGAGCGGAGGGGAGGGGAGUGCCGCUGUUUGUACCCUUGUCAGUGCUGCCUUGUAACCCGGACUGUAGCAAGACACGAAAGGAACCAUGGAUCAUUACGAAUCAAAUCACUCGCAGCCCGAUGACUACAUGCAGCCGGAGGAUGACUGGGACAGAGACCUCUUAUUGGAUCCAGCCUGGGAAAAGCAGCAGAGAAAGACCUUCACAGCCUGGUGUAACUCCCAUCUCCGCAAGGCAGGCACACAGAUCGAGAGCAUUGAGGAGGAUUUUCGGGAUGGCCUUAAGCUCAUGCUUCUCCUGGAAGUUAUAUCAGGUGAACGGUUGCCCAAACCAGAAAGAGGAAAGAUGCGUGUACAUAAAAUAUCAAAUGUCAACAAGGCACUGGAUUUUAUUGCCAGCAAGGGAGUGAAACUUGUUUCCAUUGGAGCUGAAGAAAUUGUGGAUGGUAAUGCAAAAAUGACACUUGGUAUGAUCUGGACAAUCAUCCUUCGAUUUGCCAUUCAGGAUAUCUCAGUGGAGGAGACAUCUGCAAAGGAGGGGCUGCUACUCUGGUGUCAACGCAAGACUGCUCCUUACAAGAAUGUCAACAUUCAGAACUUUCACAUCAGUUGGAAGGAUGGCCUUGGAUUCUGCGCCCUUAUCCAUAGACAUCGGCCAGAGCUCAUUGACUAUGCAAAACUGCGAAAGGAUGACCCUUACACCAACCUCAACACAGCCUUUGAUGUGGCAGAAAAGUACCUGGACAUUCCCAAAAUGCUGGAUGCUGAAGACAUUGUGGGUACAGCUCGUCCGGAUGAGAAGGCAAUCAUGACUUAUGUCUCUAGCUUCUACCAUGCAUUUUCAGGAGCCCAAAAGGCGGAGACGGCAGCCAAUCGGAUCUGCAAAGUUCUGGCUGUUAACCAGGAGAACGAACAGCUGAUGGAGGAUUAUGAGAAGCUGGCUAGUGAUCUCCUCGAGUGGAUCCGGCGCACCAUCCCCUGGUUAGAGAACCGCUCCCCAGAGAACACCAUGCAGGCUAUGCAGCAGAAGCUGGAGGAUUUCCGGGACUACCGCCGGCUCCACAAGCCACCCAAGGUUCAGGAGAAGUGCCAGCUGGAGAUCAACUUCAACACAUUGCAGACCAAGCUAAGACUCAGCAACAGACCAGCCUUCAUGCCAUCUGAAGGGAAGAUGGUGUCGGAUAUAAAUAAUGCCUGGGGCUCAUUGGAGCAAGCGGAGAAAGGUUAUGAGGAAUGGCUGCUGAAUGAGAUCAGGAGGUUGGAGCGACUGGACCACCUGGCUGAAAAAUUCAGGCAGAAAGCAGCAAUCCACGAGGCCUGGAGCAACGGGAAGGAAGAAAUGCUGAUGGCCAAGGAUUUUGAGACAGCCACCCUGUCAGAAGUCAAGGCUAUACUGAAAAAGCACGAGGCCUUCGAGAGUGACCUGGCAGCUCAUCAGGACCGCGUUGAACAGAUUGCUGCAAUCGCCCAGGAGCUGAAUGAGCUGGAUUACUGGGAUUCUCCGAGUGUGAACGAGCGAUGCCAGAAAAUCUGUGAUCAGUGGGACAAUCUGGGAGCUCUGACCCAGAAGAGGAGAGAUGCCUUGGAGAGGACAGAGAAGCUCCUGGAAACUAUCGACCAAUUAUAUCUAGAAUAUGCAAAGAGGGCUGCUCCCUUUAACAACUGGAUGGAGGGGGCAAUGGAAGAUCUGCAGGACACAUUCAUUGUUCACACGAUUGAGGAAAUCCAGGGAUUGAUCACAGCUCAUGAGCAGUUUAAAGCAACUCUGCCCGAGGCAGAUCAUGAACGCCAGGCUAUCCUGGGGAUUCAUAAUGAGGUGUCGAAGAUAGUCCAAACCUACCACGUCAACAUGGCAGGUAGCAACCCUUACACAACCAUCACUCCACAGGAUAUCAAUGGCAAGUGGGAAAAGGUUCGACAUUUGGUGCCGCAAAGAGACCAUGCUCUGAUCGAGGAGAAUGCUCGCCAACAGUCCAAUGAGAGGCUGCGGAAGCAGUUUGCAACGCAGGCCAAUGUCAUUGGCCCUUGGAUUCAGACAAAGAUGGAGGAGAUCGGCCGUAUUUCCAUAGAGAUGCACGGCACGUUGGAGGACCAGCUGAACCACCUGCGACAGUAUGAGAGGAGCAUUGUCAACUACAAACCAAAGAUCGAUCAGCUGGAGGGAGACCAUCAGCUCAUCCAAGAGGCGCUGAUCUUUGACAACAAGCACACCAACUACACAAUGGAGCACAUCCGGGUGGGUUGGGAACAGCUGCUGACUACCAUUGCCAGGACAAUCAAUGAAAUUGAGAACCAGGUCCUGACCAGGGAUGCCAAGGGCAUCAGCCAGGAUCAGAUGAAUGAGUUCCGGGCCUCCUUUAAUCACUUUGACAGGGAUCACUCUGGCACCCUUGGAGCAGAGGAAUUCAAAGCCUGCCUCAUCAGCUUGGGGUACGAUAUUGGAAAUGACGCACAGAAGAGGACUGGAAUGAUGGACAGUGAUGAUUUCAAAGCUUGCCUUAUCUCCAUGGGUUACAAUCUGAGUGAAGCAGAGUUUGGACGCAUCAUGAACAUCGUUGACCCCAACAACAUGGGUGUCGUAACAUUCCAGGCCUUCCUGGACUUCAUGUCUCGGGAGACCACAGACACGGACACCGCUGACCAGGUCAUGGCCUCGUUUAAAGUUCUAGCUGGCGAUAAGAACUAUAUCACAGCCGAGGAGCUGCGGCGUGAGUUACCCCCUGACCAGGCAGAAUAUUGUAUCGCAAGGAUGGCACCCUACACUGGACCGGAUGCUGUCCCUGGCUCGCUGGACUACAUGUCCUUCUCCACAGCGCUGUAUGGUGAAAGCGACCUCUAACUCUGCAUCUUUUGUAUGCAAACCAGUGUCUGCUCACCUCUAUUUGGCUUUAAACUAAAGAAAUUGCGGAAUGUCUGCUUGAGCUGGCAAGUGCAGUUUACAGAAGAAAUAUUUUUUUCUUCAGGCAACUUCAAAACAUAUUUUAUUAUAGAAAUAGGUAUUUUUCUCAAAACGUUCCAAAACAAAAUCAAAAUGCACCAUUUACUUUUGUUGUGAUAUCUGUAGUUAAGCACAAUGUUGCAUUUCAUGAUUUUCUACUAAUGUACACAUAUUAUGUAUAUGAAAGCUGGCCACAUUGUAACUCACUGUUGCACAAAAUUGAGCAAGUUCACUCAUAACACCAUAUAAUAAAGGAUUUAUUUUAUAAA